UGUGAUGGAGUGAGAGCAGAUAGAGAGAGAGAUAAAGAAAAGAUGGAGUUAAAAAGGAAAUGGAGAGCAGGAUUACUAGUCUGACAGCACUGGCAGAUGAGCGUCAGCACAACGUUGAGGGAGGGAGAGAAACUGUGGUGGGGAGAAAAAAAAAAAACCCAACAACAACAAAUCAGUGCAACAGGAUGAAGACCUGCUAGUGCUCAGCCGGCCCGACCCCGCAGACCUGCCAUCUGUCCCGCUGUUCUCUCUGUGAUCCCAGCACUCCCACCAUCAAACAACAUCUGGAUCACCUCGCCUCCAUAUGGAAAUGAGCCAAAACCCCCAAAUAUUGUCCUCUUCUCUUCCUUUUUGAUCACACAGGACCGGAGGAGGCACAUCAUCACCAGAGGGGGAGAUCCCUCGCUGUGGAGUACCAUCACCACCUGGGCUGAUAACUGGACUAGAGGAGGGGAAAACUUUUGCUCCAAAGAUGCAGAGGCUUUCACAGGACCAGUUCUUUUCUGUCUGUGAUAUUUCCUAACUUCCCAUGGAUCGGUCAUGUCUCUUGCCCCCCACCAGGGACAGGGAAAGGGAGGCAGAGGAGGCAGAGAGGGGGAGAAAGGAAGAAACGGUGUGGAGGCAUCACUGCUGAAGUGUUACUGGUGUUUGCGCUGUUUUGCUCAAAAGGCAUUGUAUCAUUUCUUCUCCCCCCCUUUUCACUCUUCUCAUCCGACCAGCGGGGAGCCUGGAGGAUACAGACAGAGAGAUAAACACAGUGCUGGGAGCAGAGAGAGGCAGGUGAAAACCCGGGGAGAAAGGACAGAAACGUAAAUAGACAGAGAGGGGAUUUGGAGAGAAGGAGCUGUGGGACGAUGGAGCAGCACGAGUUCAAGUUGGAUGACAGCAGAGAGAGCAGGCAGUAGGCUGGUAACAUGGCCAUACCCAUGGGACAUCCUCCUCUCUCUCGUUGGUCUCCACUCUUCCUCCUUCUCCUCUUCCUUCUCCUGCUCAUCUCCUCCCCGCUCCCGCUGCAGGCCCGGCCGCUCCUUCUCCACCCGUCCAUCAAUGUGGCCGUGGUGUUCAGUGGCUCCAGCUACCAGAAUGAGGUCAGGGGUCGUCUAAGUGGGGAGAACUUUGUCGAUCUGCCCGUGGUGGUCAGCCCUGUGACUGUGUUGGUCAACGACACUAACCCCCGCGACCUACUGACACGCCUCUGUGACACCAUGGCAACGGAGAGGCUGCAUGGUGUAGUGUUUGAGGACGAUGUGGGCUCAGGUGCCGGAGUUCAGGUGGCAGAAGUGGCCCAGAUCCUGGACUUCCUCUCCACUCAGACAGCGCUGCCAAUCGUGGGCAUCAGUGGUGGCUCUGCAGUUGUCAUACCCUACAAGGCGGAGGGAUCCUCGUUUCUGCAGAUGGGAGCAUCUCUGGAGCAGCAGAUCCUCUGCAUGUUCAAGCUCAUGGAGGAGUAUGACUGGGGCGAGUUUGCAGUGAUCACCAGCUUGAUGCCGGGAUACGACACCUUUGUGGAUAUAGUUCAGUCUUACACGGACACAUCCUACUUCCUUUGGAACCUACAGGAUGUUUUGACUCUGGAGAUGUCAGUGGGGGCUAAUGAUGCGAGGACCAAGCGCAUGCUGCAGCAGGUGGACUCUCAGGUCCUCCUGGCAUAUUGCUCCCAUGAGGAGGCACAGUACUUGUUCAGCCAGGCAGCAGAGGUGGGUCUGCUGGGGCCAGGCUACAUCUGGAUCCUUCCCAGUCUGGCCGUGGGCAACCCUGACAGCACUCCACCUGUCAGCUUCCCUGUUGGUGUGAUUGGUGUGAUAACAGACCAGUGGAGGAAAAGCUUGCGGCAGAGGGUGAGAGAGGGUGUUGCCAUUGUAGCCAAGGGGACUGAGAGCUUCAGGAAGCAGCAUGGUUUUAUCCCUGAGGGACACGGAGACUGCAACAGGCCAGCUAAACAUUCAGACAACAAUACUGUGUUCAGGCACAUGCUGAACGUGACGUGGGAACAAAGAGAUCUGUCAUUUAACAACCAAGGCUUCCUCUCAAACCCAUCCAUGAUAAUCAUUGCACUGGACCGGGAGAGACUCUGGGACAAGGUGGGUACAUACGCCCGUGGGAUCCUCCAGGUCCGCUAUCCUGUCUGGCCUCGGUACGGCAGCUUUCUCGAGCAGGUGACUGACGAUCGACACCUGACCGUGGCCACACUGGAGGAGCAUCCUUUUGUCAUGGUGGAGAACGUGGACCCGGGCACUGGCACAUGUGUCCGCAACACAGUGCCCUGCAGACAUCAGUAUAAUCACACAGAGAGCAUAGCUGGCCAAUCAGAGUCCUACACCAAACUGUGCUGCAAGGGCUUCUGCAUAGACAUUCUGAAGAAGCUGUCCCGCACCAUCAAGUUCUCCUAUGACCUCUACCUGGUCACCAACGGAAAACACGGCAAGCUGGUCCGUGGGACCUGGAACGGCAUGAUUGGGGAGGUCGUGUACAGACGAGCUGACAUGGCCAUCGGCUCCCUCACUAUCAACGAGGAGCGUUCAGAAAUCAUCGACUUCUCUGUGCCCUUUGUUGAGACGGGCAUCAGCGUCAUGGUGGCCCGGAGCAAUGGGACAGUUUCGCCAUCUGCCUUUCUUGAGCCCUACAGCCCAGCAGUGUGGGUAAUGAUGUUUGUGAUGUGCCUGACCGUCGUGGCGGUGACAGUUUUCGUGUUUGAAUACUUCAGUCCAGUUGGCUACAAUCGCAGUUUGGUGAGCGCCAAGGCUCCUGGUGGUCCAACAUUCACAAUAGGCAAGUCAGUGUGGCUCCUGUGGGGCAUCGUCUUCAACAACUCAGUCCCCAUUGAGAACCCUAAAGGCACAACCAGUAAGAUCAUGGUCCUGGUCUGGGCCUUCUUUGCUGUCAUCUUCCUGGCGUCCUACACUGCAAACCUGGCUGCCUUCAUGAUCCAGGAGCAGUACAUCGACACAGUGUCCGGGCUUUCUGACAAGAAGUUCCAGAAACCACAUGAGCAUUAUCCCCCUUUUCGCUUUGGGACGGUCCCAAAUGGGAGCACGGAGAGGAACAUCCGCAGCAACUAUCCUGACAUGCACACACACAUGAUGAAGUACAACCAGAAGGGGGUGGAGGAAGCCCUGGAGAGCCUCAAAAAUGGGAAGCUGGAUGCCUUCAUCUAUGAUGCUGCUGUUUUAAACUACAUGGCUGGGAAGGACGAGGGCUGCAAGCUGGUGACCAUUGGCAGUGGGAAAGUGUUUGCUACCACGGGAUACGGCAUCGCUCUGCAGAAGGACUCGCGCUGGAAACGGCUCAUUGACCUGGCUCUGCUGCAGUUCCUCGGAGACGGAGACACCCAGCGCUUGGAGACGGUGUGGUUGUCGGGGAUCUGCCAGAACGAGAAGAAUGAGGUGAUGAGCAGCAAACUAGACAUCGACAACAUGGCGGGCGUCUUCUACAUGCUGCUAGUGGCCAUGGGCCUGAGCCUGCUGGUCUUUGCCUGGGAACACCUGCUCUACUGGAAACUGCGACACUCCGUCAACAAGUCUCACAAGCUUGACUUCCUGUUGGCCAUCAGUAGGGGUAUUUACAGUUGCUUCAAUGGAGUGGAGGAAACAGGACGUUCAUCUGGUUUUCCCAAACCUGACCUGACCUCUAACUAUGCUCAAGCAAACAUGCUGAAGAUGCUUCGCACUGCCAAGAACCUGGUCUCCACUGCCAAUGUAGAGGGCUCCCUGGACAAUGCCACCAAGACUAUAGAGCAGUUAAGCCGUCAUGGCGGCAGCUUGCCUAUUCGUAUUUCACAAAUAGCCACUGAAGCAGUACCUGGAGGGUUUGCUUACAUUACUGAGAAUCACUCCCUCCCCCAACACUCGCUGACCCCACCUCUGUCUGCUGUUACCUCUCUUAAACAGCAGAGGGGCGUGACCAGACCCACGCCACUACGCUACACACUCCCAACUCGCUCUUCUUCAUGUCUAUAUGACCAUCCACUUCCUGUAUCAAGCCUCAGCAGUCCCCACCUGGCUGUGGGCGAGCCCCUCCCUCAUCAGCACCCUCACCACUUUCAAACCACAGGGAGACUUUAUGUAGACACCCAUCCUCACUCACCUUUCAUCCCAUACGCUGAUCUCCAACUACCUGACAUCUACACCUCACACCCAGUCUCCUCGCCUCAAAACCAGCACAUCCAAAUGGGCUUCUCCCGCCGGAAAAGGAGGUCCAAGAGUUUUCAGUGCGAGGAUGGGGAUUUGGGGAGGAAAAAUCACAGGGACUUGGAAAAGAGUGAGAAAAGUCCCAUCUGUGUCAGUGAACUCAAAGCCAACCACCUCCAGGACAACCACAUCUCUGCUGCCAGUGCUGAAAGCAUCUACUCAUCAGAGGUCAUGGGUCCUCCUCGGGUAGAGAACUACAGUUCUUGGCCACCAGAAGACCUCAUAUUGAGAGGGAGACGCAGGCAUCGUCGCCCUUCUUUUCUUAAAGCCACUUGGGGCAGUGAGCAGAUCCGCCAGCAUGACGAAUCCCAGUCGUCCUUGUCCAGCCAAUCACCUUCUACCCUGCCAGACCUGUUCCCGUGUAUUCUCACAUCAACCACACCUGCCAAGGCCUACAACCCUGCACACCUUCGAAACAACCUGUGCCUCCCACGGAACCAGGCCUACCUCCACAUAAGGGAGGACCAGAAGAGGCCCAAUGGACGAAAGGGUCAGAGGUUGCGCUACUCCCACUCCACACAUCUACCCACAUAUGGAGAAGCAGUGCGACAUGGGACUGGGUUAGGGCGGGGCAUGGUGCGUAGAGCCACAAGUUUGCUGAGCAGACAGUACGCCCACUACCUAAACUCAUACCCAGGACUACCACUGUACCAUGGCCCCCUGGACCUACAGCACCACAGUCAGCCCUCCAGCAACCCUAGCCCAGUGUGUCAGCUGCUGGCCUGUGGAGGUGGACAAUGUGGGGGUCAGCGAGGAGUACUCUAUCAGGACAAUGUGUAUGGGGCCUAUGGAGUCUAUCAGGGGUCCCAGACUGGAUCAGAGGCCCUGGCAUGUCAGGGAACAGGGGGGCAGCCUGUAGGGAGUCCCUGUGUUCUCCGUCCCUGGCGCCGGGUGUCUAGCCUGGAGUCUGAGGUCUGAUGGAAGACCAAAAGGACCUAAGAAAAUGGCUACCAUGGUGUUCCUACAGAUAAGACCACUGUGGAGAGGCUAUAGUGAUUCAACUAACAAAACAGGGAAACAUGACUUGAAGAAAGAGGUCAUUUGGGUGUUGGGGGAAAAAAAGAAAGCUUAUGGUCUGCAUUUUCCACAAGAGAGGGACCAAUUCAAUGUACGCUGUGAGAUCAGAAGACUGCAUCUUUCUUAAUCAAGCUGCGGAAAGCUGGGGUCGGCAGGUUUUACUCACUGCUUUCCUACGACAACGAUUCUGUGUUUUUCUGUGCUUAAAUGUGCACUAAGAUCUACAACAGUCCACGGUGUUGCCGCAUGGUCUCUGUGUGUGUCGUGUGUAUUUUAUUGUGGACGGUUGGGACUCAGUCUUGGGUGUCAGUGUCAGGUAGCUGAACUGUUUACAGCUGGUGAGAAAUAGCGGAGGAGUAAACUUUUGUCUCUUUAAAUACAGCCACCAAAACACAAGCAGCCACUGUAGCAAAAUGUGUGAAGACAGCUGGGAUGUACAUGUGCGGAGUUUAACUUAAUUAAAACACUUUCACACCAGACACAGGGAAGCAAGGUUUCUAGAAUGAAAUAAUCAUUUUUGGACAUCCAUUUAUGAAUUUCAGGUAACUUCUUGAAGUGUGUUUGGAGCUAAAUCCUUCCCGUCUUCAUUUAGUGAAGCGCCAGAGGAAGCGAGGAGUCCAUAUGAACACAAUCUGCAAAAAAGGAAAAAGUAGCAAGAGAGCAACGACCAGCACUAGGUGUCUUAAACCUUGGACUCUUCCUCACUGGGUCUCAUUGUGAGGCUACAGUACAGCACAACAUCACACAGGGCCUCACAAAUAAAUAAAUUCUGUAUUCUGAGUACUAUAUGUAGAUAUAGAUGUGUUACUUGAGGCUGGUUAGUGUCAUGUUUAUGUAAUCUACAUAUGAUAGGAAAUUUAUAGUCACUCUUAAAAUUUUAUAAUUACACUUCUGGCACAUUUUUGUAAAGCCAUUGCCGUUUUAUUUGAAUAUUUGUUAUUGUAUUAUCUCCAUCGGUCGGCCUACAUUAAGAUUUUCAUCACUCUCUCUCUUUUUCAUUGUUUUAUAUUCCCUCAUCCACCCUCGUUUUUCUCCGUUCCCUUUAACUGUGUAAUGACUGCAUUUAAAUGAGGUAAUUGAAAGCUAUUCUAGUAUCUAUAUUACCUGGCUCCUUUACCCUGUAAUUAAUCACUUAGACAAAUUAAAGAGCCUUUGUGUGCGUGUGUGUGUCUUUGGAGAGCCUUUGUCUUUCUGGGCAUGCACACAUAUGGAAACAAGCAUUUAAGAAAUGCUUGUUUUAAGACAUGGUUUGACAUUAAGGGAAAUGGUCCAAUUUAUAUUAGAUGAUGAGGUAGAAACUGUUGCCAUCUGCCACUUACAGUAUGUUACUCCAGCACAUGGACAGGAGAAACCACACUGGUACUGUCCAAUAUUAAUAACAAAGUCCACUUACCAGCACAUGUAAGGCUCAUUGAUUAAUAAAAUGCCAUUUGUUUCAA